UCGUGAAGGCACAGAUCUCGAGUAGCUUAGAGGAGAGGAAUAUUGCUCAGAGGAAAGAAAAUGGUCAAAAGCUUUUCAGUGGAGUGGCUUUCUCAAAGUGACUACAAACCAUCAGUGGGACUUGGAAAAACUUCUGAACACGGACAGAUGGAUCGUAAACCUCACGUCGCCUGUGUGGUCCAGCCGAGCGCUCCUACGUCCUAUUACAAAGACUCCGUGCAGCCGAAAGCCAAGAAAGCGAACACCAAGAAUUUUGAAAGCGUGGAAUUCGAAGGGAUGGACGCGGCAGCAGCGCGCUUGUCUACACCGUCUCCUUCACUUUCGGACAUUAGUGCCGAUUCGUCAGGUUAUGAAAGUGAAGCUGUCUCGCCCAAAUGUACAUCAAAUGAAAAAGAGGACAUUGAGGGGAAUGGCGACCAAAGAAGGCUACGAACAAAGUUCACUUCGGAGCAGAUUUAUAAAUUGGAGAAAGCCUUUACUAAGCAAAAGUACCUGGGAGCCUCGGAGCGGCUAAAGCUUGCCGCGAAACUGCAGCUAUCUGAAACUCAGGUAAAGACAUGGUUUCAAAACCGGCGGAUGAAAUUAAAACGCGAAGUGCAAGACCUACAGCCAGAAUACUUAAGACCACCGUUUAGCCCGCACCUCAUGUACCCGUACUUCACUCCUCUGCAACACUUGAAUUAUGCAGCUGGACAGCGGAUGGCUCUUUCUCCUUACACACCAGAAAAUGUGACGGCAAAUCCGAUGUACAGCCCACUCGUCCACCCAGUCUCCCUCAGUUCAGUGAUGCUUCAGCAGCCUCUGCUUCACCCGGGACAAGGACCUGCCGUGCCCUACUGCUAAGAUCUCUUGACCAGCAGUUCAAGACCAAGUGCAAUAAACUGAGAGACUCCUAUAGAUUUAACUGUGCAUGCAAGUAAAACUUUGCAUGCGCAGUGUGUUUCAUAGAUAAUUUUAUUUUUAUA